ACCUCAAAAUAGUAAACUUUGAUUUACUGCUGGUGGUGUGGUUCUAACUUCAUUUGUCUGCAUUCAAUCAAUUAUGCAAGAAUUCCAAUCUAGUGAUGCAAAAUAGCAAAGAAAAUUAACUGCAGAGGCUAAUCAAGGCAAAGAGGAAGAAGGAUUCCCUCUCUCAACCAAUCCCUCUAUCGCUCUUGAAAUAAAAGUGGAAUCUUUACUUGACUCUCUCCCUUUCUCUCUCUCUGUGUGAUGCCCUUGUUCUUCCUCUGCUCUUCUGCAGAAGUGAGAAAUGGCGGUGGUUCCACAAGAGGCUAUCAAUCGGUUUGAGGCGUUGAUGGAGGGAGUUGAUGAGCCAAUGAAGAGAACAUUCAAGAAUAUCCAUCAAGGAUAUCCUCAUGAAUCUUUGAUACGCUUUCUCAAGGCAAGAGAAGGGGAUGUUACCAAGGCCUACAAGAUGUUAUGUGAUUGUUUGAAGUGGAGAGUGGAAAACAACAUCGAUGGAAUCUUAGCAAAACCCAUUGUUCCAGUGGAUCUCUACAGAGAUAUACGCGAUACCCAGCUUAUAGGAUUGUCAGGUUACUCAAACGAGGGCCUCCCUGUCUAUGCCGUUGGAGUAGGCAUGAGCACAUUGGACCGAGCAUCUGUUCAUUAUUAUAUACAGUCCCAUAUCCAGAUGAAUGAAUACAGGGAUCGCGUCGUUUUGCCAGCUGCAACAAAAAAGUAUGGCAAGCAUGUUAGCAAAUGCAUCAAGGUUCUCGAUAUGACUGGGUUGAAGCUGUCUGCUUUAAACUACAUAAAGCUAAUGACAACGAUUUCUUCUAUUGACGAUCUGAACUACCCAGAGAAAACAUUAACUUAUUACAUUGUGAAUGCUCCAUACAUAUUUUCCGCAUGUUGGAAGGUUGUGAAGCCACUUCUGCAUGAGAGAACGAGAAGGAAAAUUAAUGUAUUGUCUGGUUGUGGACAAGAUGAGUUGUUGAAGAUAAUGGAUUAUUCCUCCCUUCCCCAUUUCUGCCGUAAGAGAAGUUCAGGCUCUUCCAAACAUUUGGAACAGAUUGCUGACAGUUGCUUUACCUUGGACCAUCCAUUCCAUCAACAAGUUUAUGAUUACAUCAAGAAGCAAUCCUUGGAACGUGCAUCUGUUGCGCCGGUAAAACAAGGUUCUGUGCAUGUUACUUUACCCGAAAAUGCCAAUGAGGGAGAUAUUGCCAAGAUUCUGGAAUCUGAAUUAGAGAAUCUGAGGGUCUAGAGAGAUCUCCAAAUAUCUGGAGGACUUGAAAAUCAAUUAUAGGAAGUGCUAUUCUACUCUUCAUCUCCGUUUUUGAAGUGCUAAAUUGCACCCUGCUUGUAAUAACUUGUUCUUCGUAUUCUGACUAUCCGUAGCUAUUUAGUAUUCGCUAUGUAGAAUCCUAAAUCACUGCAUGUUAUGGGAACAGAUAAAAACUCGAUGCAUGUGCUUCAUAUGUCAGACGGCCGACUUCAUCUGUAAGCCGUCCGCAAUAUGUUGCAUGCAUUUGUAUAAACGUGCGGAGGCAAUAUAUAAAUUAUGGCUUAUUCUAA